GAUGGGCAGCGUGCCAAAGGUUGCCGAUCCCAGUGCUAGAUGGAUGCAAAAGGUACAGACUGAGGGAGCACAAGGUAACAGUGAGAUCUUAUGCUCAGUGUAACAAACACAGGUCGCAGCACAGGAGCCGCAUAGCCGUUGCUGAGCGUUGGGUAGCUAUUGCGGGAGCGGUGAGUUUGAAGGAGUUGAAUGUAGUGCCUCUGUGGAUCUUUAUGGGGAGCUUUGCCCUGAGGCAUAAGAAGUGGCAUGGGAGAAAGAGUGGUGAUGCUUGUGGUCAGAUGUGAUUUGGGCCACAAAGGCUGGUGCACUGUUAGAGCUGAGGUGGGAGAGGUACCAUGUGUGUCACCAUCUAUCAUAUUGUUUCUUUUCCCUUUUUCAGGGGUCUGCACCAUCGUCCAUUAUCUUCUCUCUGGCCGGUAUCUCUGGUGCUGGUUGACCAUUGCCUUGCUUCUGCCUGACUAUGUAGUUCAGAUCCUGAGCUUCUCUUGGUUCCGGGCAGAUGGGCACAUAGGCUGCUGCUGUCUGGUGAUCGUGCACAUGCUGAAGCUGGGGAUUUGGAAGCGGCACUGGGACGCUCUUUGGACAGCUGCGAAGCCUGGAGGAAGCUCCAUUGCUGGAGAUCUCCUCAUGCAGCUGGGGGACCUGGCAGUUCUGCGGCUCUUGGAAGCCCUGCUGCAGACCUUGCCCCACCUGUUGCUACAGAGCUACGUUUUUGUAGUGGUGGAACCGACUGGCCUUGUCCCAGGUGUGAGUGCUGGACUGUCCCUGCUCUCCCUCUCCUGGUCUUUAGUCUCUUAUAGCCGCUUUACAUGCCUAAUGAAACCAGGUCAUCUCUACAUGCCAGCGGCUGCCCUCCUGUGCCAGCUGUUGUGGAGGACAGGAAUGCUAGGAACGAGGGUCGUGGCCCUGGUGCUCUUUGCCAGAGUCUAUCCUGUCUGGGUUUUUGUUGCAGCAGGUGCUCACUGGCUGGUGAUGUCCUUCUGGUUGGUGUCUCAGCAAACUGACAUCAUAGUGAGUUCCUGUCACUGGAGACUGUUCAACUUCCUGGUGGGGGCUGUGUACAUCUUCUGCUACAUUAAUGUCCAGGCCGGCCCCUCCAGGUACAGAGUGGCUGUGUUUUAUGUGAUAAUGCUGAUAGAGAACAUCUUCCUUUUGAUGUUGGCCACAGAUCUCCUGCAGGGGGUGCGGCGGGAUAGCCUGUUUAUGACAGGGGCUGUGAUGGCUGGAUUCGUGAUUGGCUCUGCCGCUCUGGUCAUCUAUUAUAGUCUGCUACACCCCAAAUCCACAGAGAUCUGGCAGAGUUUCCUGAAGAAAUCUUGCAGCAUCACAACUGCAAAGUAUAACGGGACAGAAGGAUCCACUUUCCGGUCCAUAAACGAAGCUGGGGAGAGCUUUGGAAUUUCAGCUCAGGGGGACAUUGUCUCUUCAAAUGCAGAAGUCUCCAAGGUGGUGCAUACCAGGCCUGCUUCUAGAGCACACAGUGAGAUCUCACUAGGAGAACUUGAGGGUCAUACUUCUGUGAAGGACAGCUGGGUGAACCAUCAUCACUGGCUGUUGGUAAAGCUAGCCUUGAAAACUGGGGAUGUGUCCAAGAUCAACGCAGCCUUUGGAGAUGGUGGAAUUGGGGAGCUUUACCCUUCAGGAUUGGUGGCAAGCAAACACUGCAGUGCCAUGCUUGGGCCGAAGACCAAUCUUGGCUUUUCUUCAAUGGGAAAAUGCCCUGGAACUCCUAAAGCCAGAGUGGUAGGACAGAGGUUUCAGGCAGAAGAGAACGGAGCUGGAGAAAGCCUGAGCAGAAAGGAGACUACUUACCUCACUUUAGCAAGCAGCGAACACAACACGUACUCUGUAAUAACGCCGCUAACCCUGCCAGAGGAGCACAGGCCAACGGCAAAAGCCCCCGACUGCACAGGCUUGACGAGCAGACAUGAAGCUCAGGCAGACAAAGCGGGAGGCGUGUCCGCUCCUCUCGCUCCAAACCGCAGUGCCAACGGCAACUCUGACUUGGAAGCCAUUGUGGAGCACCCAGAAGGGACAGCUCAGAUGCACGAGAGUCCCACUCUGUAUUUCAGUGCCAAUGCAGAGGUCACUGCAUCUCUGAACGGAGGUGGGGGAGCAGCCAGCUGUGCGGCUGAUGGCCUUGUGGAGCUGGUGGAGGACAGCAGGCUCAGGCCUGUAACUGACAACACUGUAGGUAAAGGAGAUGGCUUCCCCAUCACCAUGGCUAAUAUCAGUCCAAUCCUGGGCGUUGGCACUCCUGGCUUGCUGCAGAGCAGUCCGUCCUUCUGCUGCACCCAUCAGUGCAAUGCACUGAAUUCAUCCGAGGAGACCUCGGAGCUCACUGAGCAGGAGGGAGUCCGGAAGGCACAGUGCAACCACGGGGGCACCACAUCCGUUGGGACUUGGGUUGCUGCUGUGAAGAGGAGACUAAGGCCAGCUGAGGAACCGUGCUACACGUCCACCCCCAAGGCUGACCCGCCCAGCCAGGACUGCAGGUUGGGGGAGGCAAAGGAGAGGACGAAACUGACGGGGUUGAUGGAGCAGUUGUAAUGGAAUGAGACUGUAAAUGAACCAACUGGGGCCCUGUGUUUGGUGUCCAAUCUAGUCCCUUGGUGUCUUGUUAAUAAUUUACUCUUAAGUCUCCAUAGGAGCGUACAGCUCCAGUUCGUGUCUGUCUGGAGCUCUAACCUUUUCUGCUGUGAGUACGUUGCUAGAUUCCUCCUUCCUGCAUCCACGUACUGUAUCAUGCAGAGUAGCUCCCCAGUUGUGUGCUGUCUCUUACCGCUCCUGCUAGAGUCCAACUCUGGAGAUGUGUGCUUGCUCCCUCUAAAAUGGCCACGCUCUUCUGCAAUCUGGGGACACAAUGGCAGGAGUUGCAUAGUAAAUUGGCAGUAGCAGAACCUGCUUUAAGUAUUGGGGCAGCAAUUCUGCUGCUUAAUGGCGGUUGUGACGGCAGUACUUGGGUAUGUUUAGGGUUCAGUGGGUGGGCCAGGAGGGCUGUUCCAUUAGUCGUGAAAUCCUGCGAUGGCAGGCAUUCACUGGACUGGGCAAGGGACUGUCUCAGGUGACUAACAGUGGGCUACGGAAUCCUCCACUGCUCAGGAACGAGCACAUAUCCAGCACCAGCCAUGAUUUUCAGUCACUUUUACAGCUUAAAAGUGCAUCAGAGCAAAAAUGCAAACGUUUUUCUAAUGCAUUAACUACUUGGGAAAGGAGAGGUGGUUGAUGGGAAACUGGCCGAGUGGCUUGCACAGAGCAUGCUAGCAAUGCCAGCCUCUCUGCCUGGCUCUGACUCUAAGACUGAGGAUAGGCUGCAGCAGUAGGAACUGUAGUCUCCGCGACAUUGGCCUAGCUCUGCUGCCUGCAGCAAAGGGAAGGUACAGAUGUUAAAUCAGGCAUUUUAAGAUCUUACUAACCAACUAAAGCAGGGUGCCUCUUAUGUAUUUGUGACAACGUCUUGAAACUUGGCCAUUAGCAGCCCUCGUUCCAGAGGGUUGUUUCCCUCGCUACUUGCUUCUCCCCAGCUUGGAGGAACAGCUGCUGCCGGGGCGGCUGGGUGGUUUUUGUACCCUGACCUCUGCCCGAAGCAAGUGUCUUUCCCUUUCAGGGCAAACACGAGUUCACAACAAAGCACCGUGAUCUUCCCUGGCACGAGUCUGCCUACCCAAGCCGGGGGACUUGCUCCCGGCUGCAGUGUAGACAUACUCUAAAUCAGGAGCAGAAUCCUGCCUGUCCCAGAGCCGCUUCCUACGCUGGCCUGCUCUGCUCAGGCUUUCUCUCCAGCCUUCUCCUUGGUCCUCCACCCAACUGCUUUGUCUCCAGGCCUCUUCCCCAGCUCCCUAGAGAAGGCCUCACUCUAGAUCUUGCUUCAAUUCCUCUGUCUCCCAGACUGAGCACAGACCUUGCCUGACCCCAGCUCCAACCAGGGCUGACUUCCCGCUUGGUCACGUGAUCCGUCGGGGGAAACUGAGGGGUUGAGCCUUGGAGCAGGGCUGGCUGGACUCUGGCGUGCCCUUAAAGGGACACCUCUGCACUACAGCUGAGAGGCCUGGUCAGCGAGCUGCUGGCUUGGGUCACAGUCUGUAGCUUGCCAGUACCCAACGCACAGACACAGAUAGCAGGGUGAAUAAAUGGCCCCCUAAAAUGUCCUUGCCAUGCCUGAGCAUUCAGUUACAAUGGAUGGUUUGUCAGUUCCAGGCAGUGACUCCAGCCCAACUGAAGCAGGAACAGAGAACAGGUGGGGAUGGAAUUGGGCGUUGCUUCGCUUAGCCAGAACAAUAAUGUGUAGAGUCAUUUAUUUCAAGCCCAGGCAAAUUCAUUUCCCUCCUCAUUUAACAAAAGAAGUGAAGUCAUAUUGGUCUUUGAGCACUAACCCACUCGCAUUGGCUACAACCUGCAGAAUUAUCCUGCUGAGCCACUAACAUGGCCUGCUGCCAGUGAGAUGUCAAUAACACCCUGCAGAGGGAGCUGGUAGUGAAGUGUGGGAAGGAGGAGAGCCCUGAUUUACUGACCGGGCGAGCAAUAAAAGCUCCCUUCCCUAUUUUGAUUUAGUUUUAACAGCUUGGACAUGCCUAGAUGGGCAGGUUUCACAACAUGGAUGUUCAUGUAUUUAACUAAUGAUUGGGUGCUAAUGUCACAUUGAAGCUAGUUUCCCGUGUAACUAACUCUGGAUUUUAUUUUUUUUGUAACCAUAAAAGAGCAUUUUGGAUGCGCUCGGUAUGGAAAGAGACGUUUGUAGUGAGUUCCAAUCUCACGAACCCCAUAUCAGCAGAUAUACUAUGGAGGCACGGUAGUGGCUCCAUCCUUCAGCUUUUAUGAAGCUUUUACCUUUGACAGUUUCUCUGACUGACUGGUGUUUUUAAAAACCACAAAAAGUAGCAAAUACUGUCUGAGUUUUUGGAUGUGUUGUGUUAAUUGAUGGGUGCUGUAUCCCCAGAAAUGUAAUUUGGGCUGCUGCGUCUCACCUUUGGAAAACAAGCCACUGCAUAGCUUUACACCAAACAACAACUAACGGCAGUUCCGAUGCAAAUGCGCUAUCGUUCCAUUUCCAUUGUAGAAAAGGAGGAAAAGGUUAUUUGUCUCUAAACACAAAAGAGUCACACCUAGAAUAGUCAAUGAAGGGCCCCGCCUUGGUUCCAUGUGUCUUAUUUCUGGUUAGAGCAGGCUGAAAAACCAGAAAACAAUUUUGAGACAAUCUCAGGUUUUAGAUUCCAUUUUAUUUUUCUCUAUUUUUGAUAUGUGCUUAUUGGUUUGUUUUGUUUCGCAAAACAACGUUCUUUUGGUUGAGAAACUCAGCCGUUCUCAAGCUGAAAUUUUGCCCCAGAAAAGGAAAUGCGAGCAUGACCAUAUUGAACAGCUCAGCCAGAGUCUCUCUCAAUGAGGAGAAAGGAGGUUUUGCAGGGAGCUCUCCUGCAUCACACAACUUCCCCCUGCCCAACAAGGCUAAUGAAAAGGAGGGGUGAUGGAAAUGGGUGUGGCUGCAUCUCCUGCAGCCUAGGGAAGCAUGGCGAAUCAGUCCCAAUGGUUCGAGCACUUGCCUAGGGCUUCAGAGCUGGGUUUAAUUCCCUUCUCUGCCCCAGCCUUUUUGUGUGACCUUAGGCAACUCACUUAGUCUCUCAGUGCCUGAGUUCCCCAUCUGUAAAUGGGGAUAACCGUACAGCCCUACCUCACAGGGGUGUUGAGAAGUUAAAUACCUGAGAGUUUAAAGCGCUCAGAUUUAAUAAUUUUAUUAAGAUGCUGUUGAAGUAAAAAGAAAACGGUACAGAGUUUAAGCAUAGAAGUUUCUGGUUGUCAGGGAAUAAGGUACAGAUUAUCAAGGGGUGCGAAAUUCGGUUUAGGAACGGGUUGCGGAAGGAAUACAUAAUCUGCAAUCUCCCUGAUUGGGGGUAAAAGGUUAACGGGUCAAAGUACAGACAUUGAGAUAUGGGGGUAUGUUCAUAUGAUGGCUAUGUUCAGGUGUGGAGUAUAAUGAGUGGAUACAAUGAUGAGGAUGCAUUUACCCUCAUUUGGUGGGAUUUAAUGUACUACUAGAGUGAUGGGGGCCAGAUGAGUAUCUUAAGUAUAGCCAGAGGCCUGUGCUCCUCCCUGGGGGUCGGGGGGGGAGCAUUUUGCUCUAGUUGCAGGCAAAGCGAAGGUGGGUGCCUGCAGCCACUGUGAAGGGAGCUUGGAGGUCAGCAAGGGGUAGGAAUGUGGGUGGGAACUUGGGAGAAUCACUUAGCCCUUCUAGACUCCAGUUGAUGUUGCUAUAGUAUCUACUUCACAGUGAGGAUCCAUAAUGUGCUUAAAAUCCCCCCUGCUGACAUGUGCAAUAUAGUGAAAGUUCGACAAGACGCAUGGAAGAGGUCUGCUGGAUUCCAGGCACAGCUGGACCUUCAAACAAAAAGCCAACACACAUAUUGUGUUGCAACUUUAACCAUCCUCAGCUGAACAAAAGCAAGGAGAGCUGGAGGUAAGCCAGAUUCUAGCUUAGCUCCGCUGUAUCUGAAUAAUGCAGCCGUUGAUUGAUUUUCUGUGCAACGACUGCUGGACACCCCCGAGGGAGUUAAUGCAUGUGAGCCAAUUUCAUCCCAGCCUGGUGACUCUGACCCAGUGUUUCUGCCUUAGUUCAGAAUGUCCUGGCUUUCCUAGAUGAGUCGAUGCAGUCUAUUUCAGCUACUCAUAUAGUUCCCUUUACCAUAAUGUCUGCCUUACACUCUUAAGUAUUUUUCAGGAAAGCAUUGUAUCCCAAUUUACAGGUGGGGCACUGAGACACAGAGAGGCUAAGUGACUUGCCUAAGGUCUCACACAGUGACAGAGCAGGGACUUGAAAGCCUAUGUCCCACGUACUAGACUCCUGCCCUAACUGCUGGACCAUCUGUCUUCUUCAGAGAACUGCCUUUAUAAUUCCCCCAUGGGAUUCAUAGGAGGUUGGUGUCCACCUCCAGUUGGAGAUCUGGCCCCCUUUACAGCAUUGACAUACUUUGUCAUUGUUGCUUGUACAGUGUAAACAAUUUUACCACGCAGGGGAUUCUGCUUUAUAUUAGGCUGGUGUUCACUUCACCAGCGUCUUGCUACUGGGGAGACUUUCAAAGGAACAGGUAGGAGCUAGGGACCCAUCUCCCCCUGACUUGCAAUAGGAGUUGGGUUGCUUUGACAAUCACCCCCCACCAUUUAUUAUUUAUGUAUAUUACAGUAACGUACUCCCCCCCCCCCCC